AUGAAUGGGCUGCCUUCGGCCGAGGCGCCAGGCAGCGCGGGCUGCGCCCUGACCGGUCUCCCGCCGUUACCGCGCGGCCUCAGCGGUCUUCUCAACGCGAGCGGGGGCUCGUGGAGGGAGCUGGAGCGCGUCUACAGCCAGCGCAGCCGCAUCCACGAUGAGCUGAGCCGGGCCGCCCGCGUACCGGACGGGCCCCGUAACGCCGCCGGCGCCGCCAACGCGGGAACUGCCGCGGGUCCCCCCGGCCCGCGUCGCCCUGUUAACCUCGACUCGGCGCUAGCGGCGCUGCGCAAGGAGAUGGUGGGCCUGCGGCAGCUGGACAUGUCCCUGCUGUGCCAGCUGUGGGGCCUGUAUGAGUCGAUCCAGGACUAUAAGCACCUGUGCCAAGACUUGAGCCUGUGCCAGGACCUGUCAUCCUCCCUGCACUCAGACAGUUCCUACCCACCUGAUGCUGGCCUAUCUGAUGAUGACGAGCCUCCUGAUGCUAGCCUGCCCCCAGACCCGCCACCCCUCACUGUGCCCCAGACGCACAAUGCCCGAGACCAGUGGCUGCAGGAUGCCUUCCACAUCAGCCUCUGAAGAGCUAGGGUGGUGGGGGGCAUGCACCCAUGCAAAAGGCUCAGAAACUCACCCCUCAGCAAGUAUUCAGACUAUAGUGCCUGCUUUCCCCCAUACCACCUCACCUCACAGGAGGAGGGCAAGACCUGGGCCCCUUGGGGGCAAAACUUCCUACCCUCUCUCUCCUGUUUUGGGUUAGCUGGCACUGGGGCAGGUACCUGGGCUACAGCCUCUGCCCAUGGCACUGGACCUCCACUUCUCCCACAUGUGUGUACUCCAGCUUGGCCGACCUUCAGUCUGGCGGUGGGGUCCAAAGCAUCUAGCACUCCCCUUGGCAUCUCUGUGACUGGGAUGAGUGCCUGGCUCCUAUCUCUUCACCUUUUGCUGCUAUUGGCAGCUGCUGGCUCAGGGGCAUCCCACCUCUGGACCCUGGGUUCCAUGGCCCUAGACAAGGGCUCUCCAGGACCCAUUCCUGCACCACCCACGGCUGGGAGGGCCAAGGCUCCGCGCUGGAUAUUUAAGUUUAGGGGCCAGCCUCCUGGGCGCAUAGAUAAAUAAAUAACUGUCUCAGCA